AUGGAGUCGAGUCAAAGCAACGGGGAGACCGUCCUUGUCGAAAGUUUGUCCUCAUCGACAGUUCAAGACUCAUCCGCGGCAACUGAUCCUCCACAGCCCUUACCGCCGCACUUGUCCCACGAUCCAGAAAACAACCUGAAGAGGAGCGACCCAUUUCAAUUCGGCUCGAGGCUUCUCAGCCAGGAGGACAAUGUCUUCGAGUUCAAUGCAUGGGAUCAUGUAGAAACUGACGAUUCUUACAAGGAGUAUGCAGAACUACAAUACGCUAAGCAACGAGAAGCUCCAGUCUCCGACUUCGAUAAAGGCAGAUUCAACUCCGACCCAGCGAAAUGGUGGAACAAUUUCUACAAGAAUAAUACCGCAAACUUCUUCAAAGAUCGCAAAUGGCUCCAACAGGAGUUCCCAGUACUGUCUAAAAUCACAAAGCCCGUGGCAGGGCCAAUUACACUACUCGAAGUCGGUGCUGGUGCCGGAAAUACUGCCUUUCCUAUCUUAAAACACAAUCAGAACCUAAAUCUCAAAAUACAUGCGUGCGAUUUCUCCAAGAAAGCUGUGGAAGUAAUACGUGAGAACGAGGCAUACAAUACCAAGAAUAUACAAGCCGAUGUUUGGGAUGCUGCGAGCGAAGAACUCCCACCUGGAUUGGAAGAAGGAAGUGUGGAUGUGGUCCUGAUGAUCUUUAUCUUCUCUGCCUUGUCACCAUCUCAGUGGAAGCAAGCUGUGCAGAACAUCUAUCGAGUUCUGAAGCCUGGUGGGGAGGUUCUUUUCCGAGACUAUGGCCGCGGUGAUCUGGCUCAAGUGCGCUUCAAGAAAGGCAGAUAUCUCGAAGAGAACUUCUACAUCCGUGGAGAUGGUACCCGAGUCUACUUCUUCGAGAAAGAGGAGUUGAUCAAGAUCUGGACUGGAAAGGAGACCGAGGAUGACGGCGUCGGGAGUACUGGCUUUGAGGUCAUCAACCUUGGCGUUGACAGAAGAUUGUUGGUCAAUAGAGCCAAGCAACUGAAGAUGUACCGAUGUUGGAUGCAAGGGCGUUUCCGAAAGCAAGUGAAGCCGGUUCCAGGUUGA